AUAGCAUCAAAUUCCCUUAGACACAAACCAAUCAGUACAACACAGCUCUGUCUCUCAUUUAUUGCAUCUUAUCUUCAGUUGUACAUCAUGUUAUCGAUAUCUAGCCGGUCCCUGAAGCAACAGGAUUCCCAAAAAUCAACAGCAUCCACACCAAGAUCACCUCUGCAGCCUCCAACUUUCGGGAACUUGGUCACCAUUCUUAGCAUCGAUGGAGGCGGAAUUAGAGGACUUAUACCCGGAACAAUUCUCGCUUUCUUGGAGUCUGAGAUUCAGAAACUGGACGGUGAGGAUGCAAGAUUGGCAGAUUAUUUCGAUGUGAUUACUGGAACUAGCACCGGGGGUAUUGUCACUGCUAUGCUCACUAUUCCGAAUGAACAAAAUCGCCCAUUGUUUGCUGCUAAAGAUAUUAAUACAUUCUAUCUCGAACACUGCCCCAAAAUCUUUCCUCAAGACACGUCUGCUUUUGCUCCUGCGACGAAUCUGGUCAGGUCUUUGAGAGGACCAAAAUAUGAUGGUAAAUAUUUACGCGAAAUUGUGAGGGAGAAACUAGGAGAUGUACGGUUAGAUCAGACAUUGACAAAUGUCGUCAUCCCAACGUUUGAUAUUAAACGCCUUCAGCCUACUGUCUUCUCCAGCUACGAGGUGAAGAAGAACCCAAGCUUGAAUGCUCUUCUAUCGGAUAUAUGCAUUGCAACUUCAGCCGCUCCGACUUAUCUUCCUGCUCAUAAAUUUGAAACCGUUGAUUCCACUGAAAAAGUGAGGGAAUUCGAUCUUAUUGAUGGUAGCGUGGCCGCUAAUAAUCCGGCUUUGGUGGCUAUGAAUGCUGUGAUGAAAGAAAUCAACCGGGCUAAUCCUGAUUUCUUCCCUAUAAAGCCAACAGACUAUACCCGAUUCUUGGUUCUAUCCUUAGGAACCGGUUCAGCAAAAUGUGAAGAAAAAUUUGAUGCGAGUGAUGUGGCUAAAUGGGGAUUGCUGGGAUGGUUAACCAGUGAACAUUCCACUCCGUUGAUUGAUGCGUUCAUGCAGGCCAGCAGCGAUAUGGUUGAUUUUCACAUCUCCACUGUUUUUCAGGCUCUUCACUCUGAAGAAAAUUACAUUCGGAUUCAAGAAGAUACGUUAACUGGAAAUCUGUCUUCAGUAGAUAUUGCGACGGAGGAAAACUUAAAUAAUCUCGUCAAAGUCGGUGAAGAGUUGCUAAAAAAACGAGUGGCGAGGGUUAAUUUGGACACUGGCGCCUUUGAACCAGCAUAUAAGGCUACAAAUGAACAUGCUCUUAUAAAGUUGGCUAAAAUAUUGUCGAGGGAGAAGCUGCUUCGUGAAGCCAGGUCACCGCAUGGAAAAGCUGUUGCUCCGAGAGAAACAUCUGAUUAAAUUCCAAUCCUGCUAAAGAAUUCGAUUCUUUAAAAUUUACACUUAGAUUGCCGAUUGUUUUGUGCUUAAUGGUGAUUUAGAGAAUUACAAGUCCGAGUCUUCGUAUCUAUUUUUCAUUGAUAUU